CCGCGAGCCCGGUGCCCCAGCCCCCGAGGCGUGCAGCCCGCACUCUCGGUGCGGCGGGUGCUCCAGCCCAGGUCGGUGGUCGGCGGCCCCCCCUCACCCCGGCGGGCUCCCCGGAGUGCCUCGGCCUCCUCGCGCAGCGCCGCGGGAGCGGGCUCCUGAGAAGCGUGGCGAGGUCCCGGGCCUGCGGCGGUUCACUGGCGAGUGCGGAGGUGGCAGCCGGGAUUGGAAACAUAUGCCACACUCACCUGCUCAACUGAGAAAGCAUUGCUAUGCCAGGUAAAGGGAAAAGAAAAGGCCGGGGCAAGUCCCGCGAGAAGAAGCAGAAGAAACCAGAAGUGGACAUAUUCAGCCCCGCCGCAAUGCUCAACCUCUACUACAUCGCCCACAACGUGGCCGACUGCCUGCACCUGCGCGGCUUCCGCUGGCCAGGCGCUGCCAAGUCCAAGAAGGGGAAAAACAAGACCUAAGCCAGAGCGUCUCCCAGCUCCUCUCUAUUGCAGAGAACAGCACUUGGGGAAGAGAAGGCAGAAUAAUACCAGUGUUGCAAGCAAAAUAGACUCUCCUGAAGACAAUUUGAGAUGCAAGCUAAAUGCGCUUUUCUGUGGUAGUUGAUGAUAAAGAAAUGCAUUUUACUUCCUUAGCUAAACCCAGGUCGGGUGAGCCACUCCCGUUCUUCAGAAGCUAAGGAGGGAAGAAAAGAAGUCUGAGUAAUUUCCAAAUAGCGUGGUUGCAUUGACAGAACCUUCAAAAGUUACUAUAAUUCUGGGUCAGAAUUAAACCUUGCUCUCCAAAGGCAGUUCUAGCUUGCAUGAGUUGUUUUCUUUUGCCAGUGGGGGCAUGUUAUUUAGAAAAGCACAGGAUUUGCUUAUGAACCUCCCUCUUUUGGGUAGUUUCCUUUCUUUGUCUUUUUUAGGAAAAAUAAUAAAUAUUUUGUUUCUGUAA